AUGGAUCCAAUGUCGUUGGCCACUGGCUGCGUAGCCAUUGCCAGGGCGGCUGGGAGUGCGGCCAUCGAAAUCCACACCCUCGUCACCAAAUACAAAGACGUGCCCAAUGUGGUACGCUCCUUGCUAGUCCAAUUAAAGAUGACGGAUGCUACCGCCGGUCGACUGCAGGCCUUGCUCGACAAGAACCCGGCGACCCUUAACGCCGAAGAAGCGAACACUUUGCGUCUGUCGUUGGCGGAAUGUAAUAGCCUCUUGGUCCGGAUAAGGGCACAUAUCGAUCCGUCGAAGAGCAAUCCGAACACGGGCUUCUUGCGUAGGAUAAAGCAUAUCUGGAACGAAUCCCUUCUCAGAGAGGACCAUGGGAGGCUCAAAACGCAGUUAGAGGCGCAGCAACAGCUGCUGACCCUUAUCAGCUUAUCUCAGCAGGAGCGCACGAAGGCUCGCCAGGAUCCCGUCACACGGUCCAUUCUCUCUCGGGCUCGGGACGAUGCCACCAUAUAUACAGCGCGAGACAAUGCCUCCAUAAGGCCACCGUCCACGAUACGGAGCUCGGACACAUCCAUCGGUGAUCUCAGUUACGAGGCAGAUCUGGCGAGCAGUGAGGCAUACCAGGCUGCAUUUGCAAGCAUGAUGUCAAAGACGAGAGGAAGCGGGGAGCCUGCCACCGAAUUGCGGGAUAUUGAGGGAAGUCUGAAGGAUCCUUCCGUCGCCGAUAGCAAGACCAGUAUUGGAUCAUCUACCCUGCGUAGCGCGGACAGCAACUCCUACCAUUCCAGCCGAUUUAUAAUGCCUCUCGGGAACCAAAAAAGGCUCUCCCAGCAAUUAGGAAAUGUCGCUUUCCAAGGAAACACGCAAAGGGGCCGAGAAUUGUUAGCUGCAGGCGCAAACAUCGAUUUCCGAGACGAUAAUAAGAAGACUGCCUUGUACCGAGCCGUCGAGAACAAAAAGGUGGAAACUGUACAAAUGCUCCUAGAGCAUGCACCGCGGGCAGACUUGGGCGAUGAAAAGGGCCGUCCUCCACUUACCAAGGCAGUGAUGGUUGGAGAUCGAGCUCUGGUCGAGCUCCUCCUUCACUAUAAUGCUGAUGUCAACGCUAAGGACCGGAACGGUAGCGCUGCACUGCACUUCGCAACCCAGGACUGCAAGCCAGAAAUUGCCGCUCAUCUGCUAGAGAUGGGUGCAGACCCAGACGUCCAGAAUAAUUGGGGCUUGAGGCCGUUGCACUACUGCGGAAUCUCGGGCGAUGCAGAGACCGCGGGACUGCUUGCUGAUUUAGGGGCCGACUUGAACGCUACCCGACAGAUGCGAGCUCGACUCAGUAACCCGUUCUUAGCGCCUAGCCAGUCAGUCAAAGAGAAUGAUACUCCUUUACAUACUGCCAUCAAGAGCGGUUCUGUGGCCGUAGUUCAGCAGCUGGUGGAGGCGGGAGCCAACAUGGAAGCACGCUAUAGAAAGCAUCGCUCUACAGCCUUAGGCUUGGCGGUGUAUCAGCUAGAACACUUAAAAGACGUACAAGAUAGGGAAUCCCGGACCCAAGAGCUUGAAGCCAUGAUCCAGAUCAUGGUCAAGCACGGGGCGGACGUCAAGAAAGUUCACAGAAACGUCAAUCGUUCAGCAAACGUGAAGGGCUUGUUGAACGGCGAAUCACCUCAGAGGGGCGAGACAACUUCACCUUCGAGAUCAAAUCGAUCAGGAAGCAGCCGUGACCGCCAAGAGCAUUCGGGAAGGCCAGUUUCACAACCUCAGGUCACUGAGAAAGACUCACCAAGAACAAGAAGGAAACCAUUACCUCGACCAUUUGAAACCGGAUACAGCGCAGACUCCCAUCGGAGAAGCACCAAGACCACAAACGCAAUGCCCUCGAGCAAAUCUCCGCCAUCACGAACCCGAAUCCCUGCAGAGCCACCGUUUCCGCCAUCCAGAUCUCCGCAGCACGACACCUACCCUUACAGUUCGUACUCCACUUCGCGAUCCGGUCGUCGAUACCACGAGACAUCUCCAGGGGGAGUGGAAGACGCCUUUCUCACCGGCACGCAGCCCUACAACGCUCCUUCGCCACCGACAUCACCACAAUCAGAAGACUAUGGAGCGGCCCAACGACCGCGUAGGCGGACACGUAUGCCUACCGCUACGUCCGACGUCGACUUACCCGCGCGUACGAGUUCAGACGCUAAUUCAUACUAA